GGGGGCGGGAACUGGGCCGCGACCCCUACCCCGGAUUGCGACCGCGACUCCGACUGCGACCCGGGUCGCGACCCCCACCCGUCCCACCGGCAUGGCCCGGCACGUGUUCCUGACGGGGCCCCCAGGAGUUGGAAAAACAACAUUGAUCCAGAAAGCCAGUGAGAUUUUAAAGUCCUCUGGCGUGGCCGUUGAUGGAUUUUAUACAGAAGAAGUCAGACAGGGAGGGAGAAGAAUAGGAUUCGAUGUCGUCACGUUAUCCGGCACACGGGGACCUUUAUCUCGAGUUGGGUCAGAGCCUCCACCUGGAAAACGUGAAUGCCGAGUUGGGCAGUAUGUGGUAGAUCUGACUUCCUUCGAGCAGUUGGCGCUUCCGGUCUUGAGGAAUGCAGGUUCCAGCAGUGGCCCAGGGCAGAGAGUGUGUGUCAUCGAUGAGAUUGGGAAAAUGGAGCUCUUCAGUCAGCCUUUCAUCCAGGCUGUUCGUCAGACACUGUCCACCGCAGGGACUGUAGUCCUUGGCACAAUCCCAAUCCCUAAGGGGAAACCGCUGGCCCUUGUGGAAGAAAUAAGAAACAGAAACGACGUUCAAGUGUUCAGUGUCACCAAGGAAAACAGAAACCACCUUUUGCCAGAUAUUGUGACGUGUGUGCAGAGCAGCAGGAAGUGACAAGGAUUUGUGUUCUGCUUUUCUGCACGUGAAGGAAUGUGCCAGCUCAAGAGGAGCCUGAGCAAUGCCCUGCCUGUCAGAGUUUCAUGUCUUCAAUGUAUGGAACCUUGUGGGCUUUUCCAAAGAAAGCCUGACAGCUGGUUUCCAUAAAAUGUUUAAAAGAUCAAAUUAGCCCUAAUGCUGGAUUGACUCUACAAGAUUAACAAUCCAUUGUGGCUUAUUUAUGCUGAGAGAUUUCUGUUUAUUUCCUCUUGCAGUUGUGCAUAUGAUUUGGGUAAAUUACGAAAUGAGAAAUGGUUUUCAGAGUAUUAGAUGGAAUUUGCCCCCAUUGAAGUUUAUACAUGUGUCCAGGGAAGGGGGAGGAAAGAGUCCACUGCCUAAUCAAUUUUGUGUGUCAUGAAAAUUAACUCCCUCUCCAGGUGCAGCUGCAGUCUCCUGCAGCUUAAAGUGGUAACAGUUCAUUGAUUUUCAAAAAUUAUUAUUUCAAAAGAAAACCAUUUUAGG